AGCAACUUGAUCGUUAUCCAGCGGCCGAAAAAUGGCGGCUUUGCUUGGAAUCGUCUCCACGGUGGCCUUCACCGGCCAACUCCCGGUGAAUUCCCGAUCGCGACGGAGAAUGGUUGUCAAAUGCUCGAACUCGAACGACCGCCAGAUUCUCUUCAACCGCAUUGCUCCCGUUUACGAUAACCUGAACGAUCUCUUAAGCUUAGGACAACAUCGGAUUUGGAAGAACAUGGCUGUUUCCUGGAGCGGAGCGAAAAAAGGAGAUCACGUCCUUGAUUUGUGCUGCGGAAGUGGAGAUUUAGCCUUUAUAUUGUCUGAGAAAGUUGGUUCAACAGGCAAGGUGAUGGGUCUGGAUUUCUCCUGUGAGCAACUAGCUGUAGCAUCAUCUAGACAGAAUCUUCGAGCGAGGUCUUGUUACAAGUGUAUAGAGUGGAUUGAAGGUGAUGCAACCGAUUUGCCAUUUGAUGACUGUAAAUUCGAUGCUAUAACAAUGGGUUAUGGUCUUAGAAACAUUGUUGAUAGAGAUAGAGGCAUGAGGGAGAUAUAUCGCGUUCUGAAGCCAGGUUCAAGAGUAUCCAUACUUGAUUUCAAUAAGAGCAACCAAUCCGUUACUGCGUUUAUGCAGGAUUGGAUGAUUGAUAAUGUAGUUGUCCCGGUGGCUACUGUUUAUGGUCUUGCGAAAGAGUAUGAGUAUCUGAAAUAUUCAAUCAAUGGUUACCUUACAGGAGAAGAGCUGGAGACUCUUGCUCUAGAAGCUGGCUUCUCUAGUGCCCGGCAUUACGAGAUUAGCGGUGGUUUCAUGGGGAAUUUGGUCGCUGUGAGGUAAACCAAUAGCAUUUGAUGGCUCUUCUUCGCCAGACAGUUUCACAAUCUGUCUUGAUUUUUAAGAGAAGCUUCGUUUUAGGAUGGUGAUCUAUAAAUGUAUAUCUCUUUCAGGGAUGGUAAAAUGUUGUUGCUUUUUUUUUUUUGUUUACUUCUGUAAACAAACCGAAUCCAUAAAGAAUUAUGCUAUUUUAAACUCAUAUUUUACAUAUUUGCUCACUCACAUGUAUUGAUAAUCACAGUACUAAUCCUUAAAAAAAACACAAUAAUCGCAUGCUUAUAGAAUUUGAAAUUCACUCAAA